AUACAGCCCACGCUUGAUGGAAAAAAUUCUUCAGAUGGCUGAAGGUAUUGACAUUGGGGAGAUGCCAUCAUAUGAUUUGAUGCUGCCCAAACCUUCCAAAGGCCAAAAACGCUACCUUUCAGCCUACGAUGGUCAAAAUCCUCCUAAAAAGCAAGCUGGUUCCAAAUUCCAUGUGAGACCUCGUUUUGAGCCUGUACAUUUUGUAGCUAGUAGUUCAAAAGCUGAAAGACAGGAAGAUCCUUAUGGCCCUCAAACAAAAGAGGUAAAUGGACGAACACAUUUUGUCAGCAUGCCAAGAAACUUCUACCAAGAUUAUACUCAAGACUCUUUCAAUAUACAAGAUGGGAAUUCUCAGUAUUGUAAUUCAUCAGGAUUUAUUUUCACAAAAGCGCAGCCUAUAACAACCAACAUGUAUUUUGACAGUGGGAACCCUGCCCCAAGCAGCACAUCCCAACAGGCAAACUGUCAGCCACCUGCAGAGCCUUCUCCUUCACAGAUGUUUCCUGAGUCGGUGGUUGCUGAGAAACAGUAUUUUAUUGAAAAGUUAACAGCAACUAUCUGGAAGAACCUUUCUAAUCCAGAGAUGACUUCUGGAUCUGAUAAAAUUAAUUAUACCUACAUGCUGACUCGUUGUAUUCAGGCAUGUAAGACAAAUCCUGAGUACAUAUAUGCUCCUUUAAAAGAAAUUCCUCCUGCUGAUAUCCCCAAAAAUAAAAAACUUCUCACAGAUGGUUAUGCUUGUGAAGUUAGAUGCCAAAAUAUCUAUCUAACUACUGGUUAUGCAGGGAGCAAGAACGGGUCCAGGGAUCGAGCUACUGAGCUAGCCAUAAAACUCUUACAGAAGCGGAUUGAGGUUAGAGUUGUCCGGCGGAAAUUCAAGCACAUAAUUGGAGAGGACCUUGUAGUAUGUCAGAUUGGUAUGCUUUCAUAUGAAUUUCCCCCAGCUCUGAAGCCACCAGAAGACCUCGUAGUACUGGGAAAGGAUGCUUCAGGGCAGCCUAUUUUUAAUAGUUCUGCCAAACACUGGACCAAUUUUGUCAUUACUGAAAAUGCAAAUGAUUCAAUUGGCAUCCUUAACAAUUCUGCCUCAUUCAACAAAAUGUCAAUUGAGUACAAGUACGAGAUGAUGCCAAAUCGUACAUGGCGGUGUCGAGUAUUCCUACAAGAUCACUGCUUAGCUGAAGGUUUUGGAACCAAGAAAACAAGCAAACAUGCAGCUGCUGACGAGGCUUUGAAGGUUCUUCAAAAAACACAACCCACCUACCCAUCUGUCAAAAGUUCCCAGGGCAACUCAGGCUCUUCACCUAGAGGAUCUGGAAAGAAGAAAGAUAUAAAAGAUCUUGUAGUUUACGAGAAUUCUUCCAAUCCUGUGUGUACAUUGAAUGAUACAGCUCAGUUCAACCGAAUGACAGUUGAAUACGUCUAUGAAAGGAUGACAGGACUCCGCUGGAAAUGCAAGGUGAUUCUAGAAAGCGAAGUCAUUGCAGAAGCAGUUGGGGUGAAGAAAAGUGUCAAAUAUGAAGCUGCUGGAGAAGCCGUGAAAACCCUCAAAAAGACCCAGCCAACUGUCAUUAACAACCUGAAGAAAGGGACUGUUGAAGAUGUGAUUUCAAGAAAUGAAAUUCAGGGUCGCUCAGCAGAAGAAGCUUACAAACAGAAAAUCAAAGAAGAUAACAUAGGAAAUCAACUGCUGAGAAAGAUGGGUUGGACAGGUGGUGGUUUAGGUAAAUCUGGUGAGGGCAUACGGGAGCCUAUCUCAGUCAAAGAGCAGCAUAAACGAGAAGGACUUGGACUAGAUGUAGAGAGGGUCAAUAAAAUUGCUAAGAGAGAUAUAGAACAGAUCAUCAGAAACUAUGCCCGCUCUGAGAGCCACUCAGAUUUGACCUUCUCCACAGAGCUGACCAAUGAUGAGCGGAAGCAAAUACAUCAGAUUGCUCAGAAGUAUGGCCUGAAGAGUAAGUCUCAUGGGGUGGGCCAUGAUAGGUACCUGGUGGUGGGUAGAAAACGGCGGAAGGAAGACCUACUAGAUCAACUCAAACAGGAAGGACAAGUGGGACAUUAUGAGCUUGUCAUGCCCCAAGCAAAUUAAGAGUUUACUAAGUUAUCUUGUAAAUGCCACGUGAGGCAGAUCUACAAAUAAAAAAAAAAGCUACAUACUCUGGUUGAAGAGUAUUCAUUCUUAAGAUGUUUCACCUUAUUCAUUUCAUAUAGUGCUUUAUUAGGUAUUGGAGCCUGGAGAAUUCUGUCCACUUGUAUUAACUUAACCCAGCAGAUGAAUUGUGCAGUUACUGUUUGUGUCUUUCAUAAUGCUCUGUACCUCAGAUUUUAGUAGUUUGUAUAAGCAAAAACACCCAUCUAAGUGCAAUUUCAUCCUGAGGAAAAUAAUUCACAUUAUAAAGGGCAUAGCACAGCAAUCUGCGACAAUAUAUAAAGUCAAUGCUGACUCUUAAUUAAAUUACAGCUAAUUCCAGAUUUACUUCAAAUGUCAGGUCAUUUUGUAUUACCAAUUUUCAUCUUUGUGUGAAGCCAGUUAUAGAACAUUUAACAAUAAAUUGUGCUGUACAUGUAAAUUCCUUACCAACUAAAUGAUGUAAAACUUUCUUAAAAGUAAUUUUAGCGUGUGUUUAUUUAUAACUUCUACCCUGUAAUUUCCAGGAUAUUAGAAGUGAUUUACUGUAUCUUGUGAUAUAUGACUUUUAACAAAUCCUAGUCUUCAUGCUGAGAGAGCAUUACUUGAGAGAGAUGUCAAAAAGUUCCCAAAAAGCCUUGAUUCAAUCAGAAGAAAGGAAGCUUGAACUGUUUGUUCUUGGUGCCUUGCAGAGAGACUCAGAGCAACUCUCCAUUGUAGCUUUCACACAGUCUGUGCACCACAUCCAAGGCAACCACAGCUGUGGUAGAGCCUGGUAAAAGACUGAAGAUACAUUGGUGCUUUGAUGAAAAGGUUAGUUGGCUGGUCCCUCUCUCAGAAAGCUUAUUGCUCCCCAAAGCCAACUUUGUAACAUACUUAAAACUGCUAUUUUCACUUAUUUCUGGAAUGUAAAAAUGUAUAAAAAUAAGAGUUAGUGUAUGCUUCCUGAAUAAAAAGGAGCCAAAGUUGAUGAAAAUGGUGGUGUGCUUCUUUCUGGAGAGCAGCCUAGUAGCAACACUUUGGAUCUUUGGACAAAGGAAGUGAUGGUUGUACAAAAUAUUUCAGAGCACACAUGGAUAAAUGUAAUGAUUUAGCAACUGUCACUCAUCACGUUUUUGUUUGUGUGGUUUUUCUCUUGUACGCCAGCAUUCUGGCUUAUCAAAUCUUUGGUUGUUUACUUUUAUCUGAUUUUAUUGUAUCUCAGAUAAGUAAAACCUAGCAAUAGGACAGAUGAAUAUUAAUAUUGAUAGUUAAACAACUCCAGAGAAAUGAUGGUAAGGACUCAUAGGUUGUUUGCAGUGUCCUUUAAAAGAUUUAUUUUUUAUAAUGUGUCUGGAGGGGUUAUAUGCAUGAGUGCAUAUGCCUAUGGAGGCCAGAGGUGUCAGAUGGAGCUGGCAAUACAGGCACUUGUGAGCCUCCUGACAUGGGUGCUAGGGACUAAACUCUGGUCCUCUGGAACAGCAGUAUGUGCUCUUAACUGCUAAACCAGCUCUCUUCAGUCUCCACUUGCAGGGUCCAUGUUUGGCUUGUAACUGGCCCACAAUAUAUAGUAAAUUCCUUUUGGCCUCCCUACUACCUUUUUCUAUUUUAUGCUAAGAAGUUAGGGUAAAAUGUAUAUAUAAAAAUACAGAUUAGCUUUUAUACAUGGACCUCUUAACUUCCAUGCACCUGUGUUGGCUAGCACAGUACAGCUUUCCACUCUUUUUCCAUACCAUAGUGUAUAUACUUUAUUAGUUUGAGUCAAAGAGAUGUACAUUUUAUUUUGGUGUGUAAUAUUUUAGCAAAACCAGAGAACUAGGAUAGAACCUUCAUAGCUUUUAUGAUAACUAUUUUUUUACCUGCAAAAUUCACUCUCAUCUGGGAAAGUUGUGGUACGGGUAGUUAGAACACUGUCUUUGGUUCUCUGGGUGACCAGAGAUGGUUUUUAGAGAUUGCAAGUUGCAAAUACUUGGUUUGCUUCUGUCUUUACAUGUCUUCCAAAAUGAUUUUUGUUGGUUUUUUGGUUUUUGUUUUGGAGGAAAAUCAGAAGUCAGAUUUGUUCAUAAAAAGCCUAAUGGAACAGAUUAGUUACAGUUAAGGCUCUGUGAUAAUUGGGUAAAGAAUAUAGGAAUUGGGUUCCUGAUUUUGGUGAGCCAGAUAACUUAGUAGAGCAGCUUUAGGAUUAGUAUGGAAAUAAGGCAGAGUCACUAACUGCCUGAGAAUAAUGUGGAGAAAUCAGAUUGACAGGAAUGAGCUGCUGACAACCUUGCUGUUCCAUUUUCCAGUUUUCCCUUUAUUUGACCUUGAAUUUUCCUUUUCUUAGAAAUAGAAGUCAGUUUUAGCCCAGAACUUUGCUAUAAAACCGAACAGAAUAUGAGUGCUUCCAAUCGAAUAUGAUAAGCUGGAAACUGUAGAUACAUAUGUGCUUGUGAUUACAGAGCCAUUUUUUAACACACACCUCCCACCCUUGAUUGCAAAAGUGAAUGGAAAUAUCAUACAUUCCAUUGGGGUGCUUUUUUUCUUUACUAGUAGUAUUCAAUAUGUUUACUUUGCUAUGAGUAAUCCUUGAAGUGGGUCCUAAAUAAAGGACUCUAAUUACAACUUUGGUUCUUCUGCAUAUCCCCAUCCUCAAAUAAGCAGGUGCAGAAUUGAAAAUUUGGAUCUCAAAAGGCACCUUGCAAAUCUGCUUUAAUGUUCUUGUGAUUACUUGCAGACAAGGCAGGCUGUGUUAAAAAUUGUAAAGAAAAAAAGAGUAACUUGUAUGAAAUGUUCUACUGAGAGAGUCUAGGUAGCUGUGGCUAUGUCUAUGUCAGCUUCAAUUGUUAAGUUUGUAAAAGGAUUGUCCCAUGAGAAAUUGGAAAUGGUGUUUCUCAGGAAGUGUACAAAAUAAAAUGUUACUAAAUCAG